AUUUAUGGCAGGUCGCUCGACACAUUUGAACUUUGAAAAAGUGUCACUCGACAUGUCGCGCACCUGGAGAAUUUUAUGUCGUGGACACAAACAUUUUUUUGUCGGGUAGUGUUACUAAGGUCGCCAUGGAGAUUAUAGUUUCCCUUAAACGUCCUUAUUGAUAUUUUGGUCUGUAACUUUAGAUAACUUGUAACGUCCUUGUUUAAUUAGUGUAGCUAGCUCGUAGCAAAUAUACCGAAGCAUAAAGUGAAAACGUUACAAUUUUGUGUCGAGCGACCUAACACAAUCAACCUUUACUUUCCAUAAUUUUGAACCAGCGGACACCCGACUCUGUUGGAGUUGAGUGGGCGGGAACACUGAAGCGGCCAGUACAGUAUGUACAGUGACUGCUAUAGUACAUGGAUCAAAAAUAACGUUAAAACAUCAUUUAGAGCACCUUUAUUGUAGUUCAGCAGAUAGGUAAACAAAGGUCGUACCAAACGGUUGAUCCCUUUUUACGGUCUGGCCCAGUUUCUUUAUAAACGCUCCGUCGUAACCAUGAAUGUAACGGUCGUAACCGUUACAAUAGCAAUUUAUAACGGUCGAGCUAACGUCGCGCCAAAGUAGCCCGUCGCAGACAAAUGAAUACAAAAGAUUUACAGUGUAAGGUCGAGAGAGAGAGACAUCUUUAACGGCUAAAAACAGGGAGCCGUAGCUCUCCAUAAAGAGAACAGUGAGUGUACAUGCUAGCUAAUUCGCCAAACAAGUUUCUCAGACAUGUAUCUGCUGUUAGUAACCGAAAAUAUAAUAAAACGGAUUUCACUGCCGGCGGUAAAACUUCACACAAUGCAAAUAUCAGUCCAGUGAGUCAGAGGAAAGUAGGGCUGGCGUCGGUGAGGCUGAGGUUGUGAAACACUCGGGUUUCUACGUGAAUCCGAGGAGACACGAAGUAAUAAACUCGUCCCACAAACCGCGCAGGGCUCCGCCAUUGGUUGCAACCGUCCAUCCGCCGGGGAAAGGAGGCGGAGGCGAGCUGUUGAAUGACGGCCGGAGCUGUGGUUGACACUAAAAAGACACAAGGCAGCCACCGCGACCCACACGGGCCUACCUAUUUCACAUUUACACAGUGUGGAGACAUCAGAUGAAAGAGGAGGAACGCCCGAUCAUUGCUUUUAACAUCGGGGGAUGUUGCCUGACAGGACGAUACGGCGUCGAGGCUAAGAGGACGUUUUCACAGGUUGAUGAUCCGUAUUUGGCACCGAGCACAGGGAAGCCCUCAAAAGUAAAUACAUGGCUCCAGUCUCUAUAGGCUGUUCCUAGAAAGACGUGGUUGUAUUAAAAAAGAGAAAUACGCGGCGCCAGCUAAUUCCUGGAAAAAUACAGACCUCCGAACCAGAAUGACACAUUUAACGUUUGCAGGUUGGGGUUUAUUUGCUGAAGUUGACGCUCUGACUUGGGCUACAAGCAGCGUGUAGGGGGGCUUGUCUGUCAGUAAAGGACCGUCUGUCUUACACAUUUUGACAGAUAGCCAAUCAAAUCUGCUAUUCAAAUCGGUGCUCUUAUGUCAGUGACCUAUAUCUCAUGCAUGUGCACCAAGAGCCCGCAGUAACCUCUCCACCAGACCAGACAGCAUGGGGUUCAACGGGUAAUCAAGAGCAGCCGCCCAGCAGAGUGUCCGGGACGGAGCAGCCGGCUGCAGAUCCUCAGAUGGAGCAGCGAGAUGCUCCCCAGGAACCAGAGGGGAGGAAAGAUGAGCAGGCAGCGGGCAGCGAGUGUAAAAUCACGCCGGAGGACACCAACGUGCAGCUGAUCGAGGCCGGGUAUAAGCCGCCCCUCUCCCCGGCUUCUGAUGCCGAGCCGGGGGUCCAGGUGGAGAGGCACGGCCACGGAGCCGGAUUCGCCCCGCCCGAAGGAGGUUUUGGCUGGCUGGUGGUUUUUGCAGCAACCUGGUGCAAUGGGUCGAUAUUCGGGAUUCAAAACUCUUUCGGCAUCCUGCACAAGAUGCUGGUGAAUGAGCAUGCAGACAUAAAUGACAAGAAGUCUCAGUUCAAAGUGGCCUGGGUCGGGGCUCUGGCCAUGGGGAUGAUCUUCCUCUGUUCACCCGUGGUCAGCAUUUUCACAGACCGCUUCGGCUGUAGGAAGACAGCUGUUGGCGGGGCGAUUGUGGCGUUCAUAGGGCUGCUUAGUACAGCCUUUGCAGACUCCCUGGGCCUUCGCUAUUUCACAUAUGGCAUACUGUUCGGCUGUGGCUCCUCCUUUGCCUUCCAGCCCUCGCUGGUCAUCCUCGGCCACUACUUCCGCCAGCGCCUGGGCCUGGCAAAUGGCGUGGUGACGGCCGGUGCCAGCCUCUUCUCCAUGGGUCUCCCUGUUUUGCUCAACAAGAUGGUGGAGCCUCUGGGCCUCAGUGGGACCUUCCAGAUCCUCAGCAUCUUCAUGCUCGUCCAGGCCCUGCUGGCGCUAACGUUCAAACCUUUACUACCUGCUGGAGGAGGCAUGGGACCGCCGGGCAUGGGUCCUGGUCCUGCUGAAUCCCAAACCCAGCCAGGGGCCACUGCUCAGGGCGGGAGCAGGUGGAGCAAGGACUUGGCUGAGGUCAAGAAGUACUUCAACCUUCAAGUGUUUCACAUUGUCACAUACCGGGUGUGGGCAUUUGGAGUUGCUACAGCUGUACUGGGUUACUUUGUGCCAUAUGUCCAUCUGAUAAACUUUGUGGAGGAGCGGUUCAAGGGGACCCAGAAGGAAUGGGUGCUGCUUGUGUGCAUAGGAGCUUCAUCUGGAGUGGGACGCCUCGCUUUCGGCAAGAUUGGAGACCUCAUUCCUGGUCUUAAAAAAAUCUACAUGCAGGUGGUGUCCUUCAUGGCUCUGGGCCUGAUGUCCAUAAUGAUUCCUCAGUGUUCGGUGUUCGAGGGGCUGGUGGUUGUGUGUGUGUUCCUGGGACUCUGUGACGGAUGCUUCCUUACCAUGAUGGCUCCCAUAGCGUUCGAGCUGGUGGGGCCCAUGCAGGCUUCGCAGGCCAUAGGCUACCUUCUAGGCCUCAUGGCUUUUCCCAUGACAGCGGGUCCACCAAUCGCUGGUCUCCUACGUGAUUACUUUGGAAACUACACGGUGGCCUUCUCUCUGGCUGGGGUGCCUCCUAUGGUGGGGGGCGUGGUGCUGUUCUUUGUGCCCCUGAUACACCGCAGGCUCCAGCGAGGCCAGGCGGUGUCAUCACCGGAAGAGACGUCCACGACUGCCCACAUGUUGCCCACCGGCCAUCCAGCGGGGGAGCCCAAGAGCUGCUCCAAUGGAGACAUCCUGCCUGGCUAUACUGACGUAGAGACACACAUCUGAGUCGCAGCGUACAAAGGGAUUCAGCCCACCAGCACCUUUUCUCAUCCUUAGAUUGCCCUCCAAUCAUGGACCGAUCCUGUUGGCUGAUCUUUAACCUCUCACCCUCCUGGACCCUCAAAUGUCUGUUUGUUAUUUUGAUGUGGAGCAAAAUUGAAAAGGGCGCUCUGGCUGGAAGCCACAGAGAGGAAGACAAGAAGUCACACAGUGUAAGAUGAUGGAAAUGAUUGAGGAGGAUAAGCACAACACAGUCUCAACUGGGAUCGUUUAAUCAGAGGGGACUCUGUAGUAACACAUACCUCCAAGAGGAAAGAAAUGAAGAAAAUUUUAACCGACAGUGGUAGUUUAUGAUUUCACAGUGUUUAUCUUGCUACCUUAGCUUUCUGAAGCUGUAAAAUAUUACUAUGCUUUGUUUUUAGAUUCCAUAUAAGACAAUGUUAAGAUAAAGAGGCAUAUAAAAUAAGAAUUAGUGAAGGGAUGCAUUCACACAUUCACUGCUUUGUUCUACUCUACUCUAAUCUACUGCCCGCAUUUUCCGCCACGACAGCUACAAGAGACACAUCUGUUGCAAAUGUUACGGGAGGUAACGGACGAUUCUCCUCAGAGAUCAACCACCAGACACAAUCACCUCAACUCAACCGCACACUGUGCCACACUGUACUCACAGCCAGGGUUCAAAACCCUUAGCGACAUAGUUUCAGCUACUCAACCAGCCUGCCUGCAUUAGAGACAGAUGUGUGAUUGUGGCAGCUGUUGAUGACUCUGUACCAGGAAAUCCGAUUCACACGUCUUUCACCCUAGAGUGUUUGAUUUUUAAAAAAAAUGGUUUUCAGUGAUUUUGCAGCUUGUUGCAGGUUAAUUUAUGCAGUCAACGUUAGUAGAGAUGAGUCAUGAGGGCAUUGUGAUUCGUGUGAAUUAAUGAAACUUUACAGUUGUUACAAGGUCUUCUCACGAGCCUUAAAUUUCAGCUUCUUUUUUCUCCGUGUCAAACUGUUCUUGUUAUGGCUUUGAAAACACAACUAGCUUUUGUGUAGUGUACAUACUGUAUACUCGUUCAAGUGGAAAGAGUUGGAAUCAUGCAACAAAAGAUCGGCUGCUGGUAGCGUAUAUUUUCUUCAUGCUCUGAGAAGGCAUUUUUUUUAUUGUUUUAUUUGGACCUUUUUCCUUUGUGUGAAUGUGUGUGUGUGUGUGUGUGUAUGUGUGUGUGCAUGUGGCACCUUUUCAUCCACAUUUCUGAUAGUAGAGGCAUUAUAUAACAUGAAACUACUACGUUACAACCUGUUGAUGCUGUUGAAACUGCCGAAUCUCACAGAUAAUCCAGUCCAGGCUGAUGAUUUGCUGCUUUAGGUCAGUGAGGGCAUCACAAUCAAAACUUCACGGCCUUGUUGAGAUAUUCCCUCAAGAAGGCAGUUCGCAGUUACUGUUAUGUUUCAUAAACGUUUGGACCACUUACCUCUGCACUCUUAGAUUACAAGUUCUCUUGAACAAUCGACUUUAAUGAACAGAUGUGAAAGUAGAGUUGCAAUAAUUGACAGUUUGUUUGAGUUACACUCUGUAAUUAUUAUAUGCAUAACUGGAGAGCAGAGAGGGUAUUGGGACACAGUAAAGGAAGGAAAUGCCCUUGCACCAUAAUUAACUCACAAUGUGUCCAGGUGGUAUUCUUCUCUGUAAGUUUCCUUCUUGGCUUUCACUGCUGUUAUUCAGUCAGCUUCUGUGUUGCAACACUUUAGGGCCUAAAAGUUAUACAAACCUCACUGCUGAGGGUAGUUUUUGAGGGCAUAAUGCCAUAGGACAAACAAUAGGAAACAUACACCUACAGUAUACCUCAUUAAUCAAACAAUUCUCAGCAAUCCAGUUGAACACGUUGACAUUCUUCAUAAACUUUAUAUUCCCACUGCUCUGUGUAGUGAUUUGUUAAUGCAGUUGGAAUCAGGUCUCAGAGCCUCGAAGCUGCCAAACGCCUGUUUUCAAUCCACCUCGCUUCCUCUAAACCCUUGUUUAGUGGCUGUUUAGGUUCCACGAAAGGGUGGAAAUGUCAAACGUCCAUACAUUCAUCAUAUAGCAGUUGGUAUAUAAUCAGUUGGUAUAUAAUCAGUUUAUAGAUUUAUCCUUCCUUCUUAUUUUGCUUUUAUGUCCGUUUGCUCUGUUGUUCUUGAUCCUCACCAUUCCUGCUCUCUGUCACCUUUUCUGACAUAUUUACUAGUUAUCAACAAUUUCUCUUUAUCAUUGAAGACAUGCAGUUAUAUAAAUGUCUCAUAUCCAUAACUAAACAACGAUAAGCAUCGGAGACCCAUACAAGAUUUAAAAUGUGUAAAGCAUGUUUGAAAGCAAAAACAUAGGCCUCUAGUUUGACUGAGGUAGUGUUAAAUUUUAUGGGAAAGUUAUAGUAAAAAAUAU